GUGUGUAUUUAAGGUUGUCUUAGUAGUGUGAAGGAGUAAGCAAGUGUGUUUUUUUUUUGGUGAAGUCGUCGAAGGAGUUUAGAGAGAGAAAGGCAACAGCCUCGAAGCUAGUUCAAACUAGUGGGAGCUGCUUGUCUGCAAUUUUAGCACUCAUCAAACAAUUUUUGCUAAUUUUAUAGUAAUAUUAAUUUUGGUGGUUGGGGAGUUUUUUCUUAUUUUUUUUAAAAAAAAUUAUUAUCGUGUCGUGUUGUUAUCGUGUGGAGAUAUGGCGCGGGGAAAGACGCAGAUGAAGAGGAUCGAGAAUCCGGUGCACCGCCAGGUGACCUUCUGCAAGAGACGGGCCGGGCUGCUGAAGAAGGCUAGGGAGCUCUCGGUGCUUUGUGAUGCAGAGAUCGGACUAUUCGUUUUCUCUGCCCAUGGCAAGCUCUACGAGCUUGCCACCAAUGGAAACAUGAAAAGUUUGAUUGACAAAUACACAAAGUAUAGCAAGGAAGUCUCAGCUGAAGAGCCCAAAGAGAAGCAAGCUAACGAAUAUAUGGAACUGAAAGAAGAGAUUAACAUGCUCAAGAAUGAGAUAGAGAUCCUCCAGAAAGGGAUAAGGUAUAUUUCUGGAGGGGGAGCUCCUGGUGCAAUGACUUCGAAUGAGCUGAAUGUUCUUGAGAAACAUCUCGAGACAUGGAUUUAUCAGGUUCGCUCUGCCAAGAUGGAUAUCAUGGCUCAAGAAAUCCAGCUGCUGAAGAAUAAGGAAGGAAUUCUUCUAGCAGCAAACAAGCAUCUGCAAGAGAAGAUAGAUGAGCAGUUUGGGAUGAUUGAACUGCCACCAAUGCUGACUAACAUUGAAUACCCACUAACCACUAACAUUAAUCAGUACCCACUAAUUAUACCAAAUCAAGAGAUAUACCAGUUUUAAUUUAGCAUAUGCCCAUAUAUUUGUUACUAUUUGGGCAUAUUAUUGUAAGGUUUGAUGUAACAAAAUAAUAAUGUUGUAGUUUGUGAGCGAUGAGACUUUAUUUAAUUAGGUGUAUGCCUAAUUAAUGAAAUAUUUUAUGUAAAACUUGCCUUUGGUUAAUUGUAAGUGUUUGUUUUUAUUUA